CACUGGACCGCCGGCCAGGUCUCGAUCGCGAGCACGCGCUUCGCGGACGAUGCGCAUCGCCAGGGCCUUGGUCAAAAAUGGAGCGCGUCGUCCCGGGGCACCGGGAGCGCUUCGACCGCCUCGGCGAACUUGCGUACCCUGGAAAUGGGGGUAAUCACCGCAUCGGACUGCGUUACUAAACAAAUGCAUGGCAAUGUUCCUGGCAGGAAGAAGCUUCGGCGCAAUUGUGCGAAAUCUCAUCUCCGGAAAAAGGGAGAAAGUGCCGGGCUAUUAUGGAGCACCACGCUUGCGGGUAUCUCGGUGGGCGCUUUUCGAUCGUUCUCAUGACAACAUUGUUGCAAGUUGUACAAACUUCCGCAGUUAUCUAAAGUUUCGUCAUAUGGUCACAAAUAUUAAUCUACGCUCUCAGGUGUCGCUGUGGCAAGCGCCAAUGGAGGUUGGGACUCCUUAAGUGAAUUUGUUCCCUAUGGGUACAAACUACUUUCUCUAUGUCUAUCACGCAACCUGCAAAAGUCUCCUUGGGCUUCAUAUUGCCGUGGAAAUGCAGACCAAGGAGAGCUACGGCCCUCAUGUCCGGCCAGCGGAGCUGAUGAGCAGGAAUAUCGCACCGGCUACGGUAUACGACGUACAAGAACUUACGGCAUGGCGACUUUUUUAAUUUGAUGCGGGUCCAAUGGUCUUGUGUCCGUGUGUGGAUGUGAACGAAAGUGCGUCGCUCUGUCUGGGACAGCAUGCGCUUGAACUGGACUUUCUUUCCUGGAAUGACGGCGGAAAAAAAAGCAGCUUUUGCAUUUUCGUUCGGAAAAAACCUUUUUUCAAGGUCUACUCGUGGCUCUCUACUGCACAUCUGCGAAAGGCAGCGCCCCCGAGGGCAGAGAAGGGGCUACGCCUUGCACAAGUUUAGCGGCUCUGCAAAGUCGCAUCGGUAUGAAGGACGGCUCGACGUCGCGCGAGUUUUUCGGCUCGCCCUGGCAAAGGCACCUGACAGCGUAUGGCAGCGUCACAUAUGAGCCAUCCUCUUCGCACGAAGAGUCCAGCACACUGACCGGUGGAAUCGUGGUCCAUGCGUUCCUGCCGGCCGGAAGGUACAUCUAUUCGCUCUUGCUCUGAGCACCAUGCAUCGCAUUCUCAUUCAACCGCACGUCGUCGCCGCAGUCUAACCGUUGAAGGUUCAAGCGCUGCAUUGACUUUGGUUCAGGUGUAGACCACCUGGGGCCGGAAUGGCCUUACUGCAACAUGUGUUUCGUUCUGCAUGUAUACUUAAUAUAUAAGAAAUGUAAAUGUGAUCUUUUUGCAAAGGAUUCUGACGACCAGACAUCGAGACUCAUACACCUGUGAGCGGUCAGCGAGAUAAAAUGCGAAAGCGCUUUAGUCAGCCGUGGCCACCCCGUGCGUGCACGUUAAGGCCACACACGGCACCCGGAGCCGAUGGUAACGGCGCUGGGCGCCGACGGUAGGCGCAGGACGCAGUUCGCUUUGUGCGUGGCACGCUGUGCCGCAUCGCCGCACCAUAGUGGUAGGCGCCCCCUAUUUCGCUGGUCCAGCAGGAAGUCUCGCUUGGCGAUUCACUUUUUUGCACAAUGCUCUGGCUGUCGACUAUGGACUUAAGACGGGAUGCUGUGAACGUGCCGGGCCUUACGUUCGUAGUCUUCACGUGAUUCGAUUGUUGCGCUUUGCUGGCGAGAAACGCCCUCGCGCGCUCACAUCAUCCAGCUACUGUUCCUAUUGGCAGCAUGGUCGUGCCAACCAUGUGUAGACUUACUUGAUAAUGAUAUUAGUGAUACCACAUUACCAGCCCCAGGCCCAGCCGGACAUGUAGCAGCCACCCGAGUGGCGAAGACGGGCCGGGUAGUUAGGUGCCGCACUGCGUGCAGGCUUACCACAGCCAGCUCUGGUUUACAAUUUUGAGCCCGUGAUAGAUUAGACAAGCCGGCGACUCAUCGCGCCGGCGGGUCAAAGCCGGCUGGAUUCGUGCGGCCGACGAGGUGCCACAGGGCGUCGGUUUUAGAUGGAGGCGCAAGGCGUGCGCUCCUGGGCUCGCUCCUGCUCCUGUCGCACUUACUGUUGUGACUUAUUUGUGCAGUGCUGCAGGAGCACGGGCACGGCGGAGGAGCGCGGCCACUUUUCUGGCGCGGGCUUCGCGGUGGCAGUGCUGUGCCUACUGCGCGCCGCGCCGCUGGAUGGUGGCUGCACAAACGACGCUGCGACACAUCGCUGACGCUACUUUUUGUACAGAACGAAGUCGCCUCUUGUGGUGAAGACGGCGAUGAGAUAUUCAUACACAAGCCGCAAGCCUAGGGGUAGCAGCGCCACAAGUAUUUUGGAAAAAGCAGUAUCGGUCGUGCUCGUGUAGCAAGAACAAUUAUGCAAAAACAAAUGAAAUAGAAAGACACCAUGGACCAGGCGCCAAGUGUGCGGAACGGGCAGGACGUUGAUGUUGACGUUGGAAGAGUCGCUGCAAGAACCCGAGAACGCAGACUGGAUGUCGCUGGCCACCCUGCUGCUUGUUAUUUGGGUACUGGAAUUACUGCCCGUCGAGCACAAAGGUAGUGCGAUCCUGAACUCUGUCGCGACCCAAAUUUAUUACCGGCGCGGGGGGAGCUUCCAGCUAUCGCGCAGUCAUUCGAGGCGCCGAGGAGCGGCCCUCGCCGAACAGGCCGGGCCACGGAAAGGAGAGACCCAGGCGGAGCAUGAGCUGCACGCAUCCCCUUUCCCAGACUGCGUGGGGGCUGGCGAUCGUCGCCGCCACAGCUGCACGCAUUCCCGCGCUAUGUGGGGGCUGGCAAUCGUCUUUCUCGGGUCGCCGCUGGUCGUUCCACGACAGGCGCAGAAGCAAGGUCCUGUCGUCCGCGGGUUGGUGGUUGACAACGCGGACCAGGGUGCGCUCGCUCCCGGUGUACCAGACCACCACAGCCUCAGAAAAAAUACGAAUCCCGAGGAAGACCCAGACUCUUGGGAGACGGACCCGGACGAAUUUGAACAAGCGAGACUUCCCCGCGACGCGACGCCCAACCUAACGAGUCCGGGUGGUGCCGCGGCCCAUUUUGAGCAGGAGAAACUGUACCACGCCAUCCUACACCCCGAGCACAGCUUUGAGCAACGUGGCAUGACUUUCGUUGACCUCGGACUGGGGCCGAACCGUGCUGCUGGAGGCUGCCUGGGUAGUUGCCUCGGGGGGCUCAUGAGUCGCGUCGGGAUGACUGAGGCUCACUCUGCGGAGGCUGCCGAGUGGGACCACAACCACUUAGAAAACCUCAAAAGCCACGCAGAACAAGGACAGACGAGCAAAACUGCUUCCCUUCUGUUGCGUAAAGUGCAACAAAAUCUGCGAGAAGCACUCACCGGGCAGAAAGCGGAAAAAGCGACGCAACAAGGUGGUCGUGAUAUGUAGUGAGGUCACGAGCGUUCUAAUCUAGCGGCUUUCUUGACAGCCCACACGCAAAACGACCGGAAGUUUGCAAUCGGCCGGAAGUGUUUUUGGACAAAAAGGGUUUCCAUUCAUCAAUCGGGUGCGGCCUUGUUGUCAAACAAGUGCGGGCGAAUUCUAUCGAUUGCCGAUUGAUGUGGCAGCCAAAGCGUGCCCCGCGCGCAAAGCGCUCUUUGCGAGAUGCUCAUCCAUCGCAAACGCGGCGCGAGUAGGCUCUGCUGUUGCCAUAUGGGACAGACUCGAGGGCACGCAAUCACUCGCAAAGCCGGGUAGUUCCACUGCCGUUUGGCCGCCAGAGAGCGGGCUUCGGAAAAGUUGGCCAAUUUUUCGAAAAAGCAGAAAAAUCUGCGCAGCCAGUUCGGAGGACAGGUUAAAAAGCGGGCUUUUUCGGGUUCGCCCGAUGUGAUUCCGAAGAAAGGGGCCCGAUGGUUGGGCUGCGCCCGAUGUUGUGGAGCGUUUGGCUGCGGAAACUGCGUCACCUCCAGGCCGCUGCGGCCGAUCUGUUUGCGCACAAAAAAAAAGCGCACUGCUUUGCACAAUACAAGUGGCUCACGACGGACAAAGUCGAGUGAUUUUGUUCGGGGUCCUGUGUUCAAAGUCCGGUCGAUGGACCCUCGCCGAUGAUUUUCGUCUCUUCUUUUUCUGGCCGGUGCUUAUUUUUCGAGCUUGACCUCGAUGUCUUGCCGACCACUGAUGUCCACCUUUUGCAGUGUCCACGCACAAGCGGGAUCGUCGAACGCGGGAUGGGGAGGGGCCCCAUUUGUUUGCCGCGGCGCGAGGCCGCAAGCUUCGGGGCCACGUCUACCACCAGAAGUAGUCCGCCCGGGGGCCGCUCCAUGGGUCUGUGUCUGAAGCCUAGUACAGGCAUCCGCAAAAAAGGAAACGCCCGCACUUUUUUGCAGAUAUGAACCCAAAAAAAACGGCCGACUUUCUGUAUUGCCCGAAAGCCGAUGCUGGGCACCCGAAAAGCCACUUUUUUUUCCAAAAUGCAAAGCCGCCCGAUCGAAAGUGGCCGCUGGAAGAUGAUUUUAGAAAUUUCCGCGACUCCAUGCCAUCGGGAUUGCAUGAGCAAGAAUGGAGUCAGAUCCUGCGGAGGCGUGUCACACCCGCACGGCUUCCGCCCUCUGUGAGGUUCAAGGCGGAAUCCCUUCCCCGUAUUGGAAUCGGCCGACUAACUUGGGUGGCCCAAAUGGGCAUCCUGAAAUGAAGGGAAUUGCGCAACUUUUUCAAGUUUGUGCAUUUUUUCUGGCUAGCGUGCCCCCGUGCAUAACGGUAUGCGCGACGGAAUGCUGCUCGCCGAAAAGCGCAGUCUUUUCUUUGUGCGACACAGUGCUGCCCGUCAAGUUUGCGGUCCAACACUGCAGCCCGCCUCGGGCCGCGCUCUCAUCCUCUGACCAGGAGGUCAAGGAAUGCGCGGCAGCCUUCGCGCGGACUAGGGUGCUUCGCACACUUUCGGUUAUCGAUAUCGGCUUCCGGGCGCGACCUUCAUAAAACGACGCAAGGGAGCCGGCAAAAGGGGCGCCCAUCUCAGGCGCCCCGCGCACCUAAUUCCGCCGAUAUGGGGCGCCGAAAAAGGAGUCGCCAAAAAAAGUGGCAAGAGUAGAAAAACCGCGAAGCUGCAUGCUAUGGGCGUCAUUUUUGCCUGCUUUCGGAGGUCGCAAAGCCGGCCACCAAGGUAAAAGAAAAAAAGGCAAACGCCGCCAAAAUUCGAAGGCGGCUCCGCAUGCUAUUGGCCCGACUCUGGGGGCCCGUAGGGCGGGCCCUGGCGGAGGCCCGGGAGUGGCCAUAGCAUGCGGGGGGGCGCUUGCGCUUCUCUUCUGGAGGCAGCAGGGGCGUGGCUUUUCAGCCAAGAAAACCAAAAAGCGCGAGCGCGAUCAGAGGCAGCACGCCAAGCGGCAUGCGAUGGGCCCGAUUUGGGGGGCCAUAGGGCCGACCGUGGCGGACGCCCUGGAGGGGCCAUAGCAUGCUGGGAAGGUUUUCGGGCUUUGGAGACGGGGAGAUGGCGACUUGUGGCCAUGAUACCCACCGCCCCCGAGACCAUGCGCUGGGGGCUUGCAGUUAAUUAAGAAAGCCGCUAUGACCUCCUCACUACCGCCGCGGACGCGGCUGCUAUUGGUAGUAAAAGCAUGAGCACGAAGAUGGCAGCGCAGACACUCAAAGCAAUUGCCCGAAAAGAAACCUUCGAAAAGUUUUCAAGUGGAGCGGUCAAGAGCUUUGCCGGCGACUUUUGGAUGGCUCUAAAAAGUGUGCCCGCGCUAUCUGGUUCCGCAAAUGGUCUCCAAGUGCUAACGUCGCAUUUCCAUGAGCCUGGCGGGCUCGGGACGUGGAUGCGCAAAGAGCUGCAAGUGCAUUUGAUCGAGAUGGUCGCGGAGCAAGUUCUACAUUACAGUUUUCGAAGAAAACGAUGCGCACGAUGA